AUGAGUACCCGCACCAUCGCACCACGACACACCCCAGUCCACCGUCACUCCCCGGCACCAUCCAUCCCGCCACCCAACCUCAUCGCCGCAUCCCCUCGUUCUAGCACCCCCACUCGCGUCCACGCUCCGCGCACACGUCAGGCCCCCAUGUCUCCCGCACCCGCACCCGCAGACUCAGAGCCACGGUCCAACACGUCCACCCCAUUGGGCCGUAAGCGCAACCAUGGACGCAAGCGCGGCGACUCGCGCAAGCCCCAGACCCCGCGCGACGAAACUCCCGUAGGCUCUGAAGUCGACACCCCCGCCGGCGACACUGAGGAGGACUCGGAGGAGCUCUUCCAGCUCCUCGGUGUUGACGGCAGCGCCGAGCCCGUGUCCCAGCACUACGAAAAGGGCCUGCUCCGUCUCUCCAAGGAGGGCAUGGACGCUGCUACCAACAAGAACAAGAAGGUGCGCGCCCGCUCAAAGAACAAGUCUCGCACCGACACUCCCGUCGAUCACAACGAGAGCUCGGACCCCGAGCAGACAAGGAAGGCUGGCGCUGGGCCCAACACGCCCAACACCAAGCCGCGCCGCACUCGCGGUGGCAAGAAGGCCGACGUGGGCCCCCUCGACUCGUCGCCCGAUGCCAUGGACGUGUCUGCGCUUAGCCGUUCGCUGCCCGCGAGUUUCUUUGCGGAGAACAAGCCGAAGAAGGACGAUCAGUCCUCCGUUUGGGAAAUGCCGACCGACAGCCCUGUUGGUGCUCAGGCCCUCAACUGGCAGCAGCAGCUGCAAAACGAGGACACUCCGUCCAAGCGCUCCAACCGCUCGAACAAUAAUCAGUCGGAAGGUCGCCGCCGUGGUGGCAAGCAGGGCGCUGCUGCAGCCCCUCCUCCCCGCCCGACGCACGAUCGCCGCCAGUCGCUCGACCAUGUGCCGGUCUCCAACCUCACCAAGAUGAUGGCCGCGGCCGUUACUCCUGCGUCCGCUCCUGCGGCGCACGCACCCGUGUCCGCUUUCGAUCAGUACAUCCCGUUCCACACGGGCUUCAAUGUGCACCGCGCGCCUCAGACGCCCGUGCGUACUGCCGCGUCGCGCGGCUCGCCGGCCCCCGCUGGUCUCCCCGGUGUCAUCUCGCUGCCCAUUGUGGGCGAUUUCCCCCGCCUCAACAAGGCCGGUGGUAUGCCCCUCGGUGGCCCCAAGUACGCUGGCCCGACGUUCCACAACUCGCCAGCCUCGGGUUCUCUCCCGAAGCCCGAUCUCGACGACUUUUAA